GCCCUGACAUAUUCAUAGACUCAAAGCUUGCAUCGCUGUAAAACAAAAGACGCCCCUAAUGUGUUCAGCGAGUCAGCCGUAGAGAGCAGACUUAAGUGCCAAAAAAUAUGAUCUGGAAUCAAUCAACAGUAUGAUCGCGGCGUUAUGCUCGGACUUUAUUAUUCCAUAAAGACCCGUUGCUCCAUUAAAGCAUCAAUUUCCUGUCUACGGUGGCAGUCAAAAAAUAAAUAAAGGCCAAUAAACGUCAACGUCAGUGAACGCCGAACACCGAGCAGGCGGCUCUGAGUGUUUGUCCUGCAGCGGAACUGUGUGGUCACUGAUAAAUAAUUAGCAGAUUAACUUCCGUAUAUCUUCGAGCCCGAGCUGCUGCUUCCGUGUCGCGCAGGCUAGAGUUUCCCUUCCUCGGGCUGGACGCUCAAUCGCUUCAGGCUAGAAACUGCGGUAAGAAUGCGUGCGAUCCCCGAGGAGUUAACGACGCUCAUUUCAGAUCUCGAAAACUACCUCAUUGAUGGGUUGAAGGCAGAAAAUCUAAGCAAGAAGGCAAAAGAGAAGAGGGAAGCCUUCAUCAAGAGGAUAAAGGAGGUCAAGCAAGGUUUUCCACAAGAUUUUAAGGACAAAGUAGGUGGAAAUGACUCAGAUGACGAGGAGGAAGUUGACAGCAACAACGACGGGGGGUCGCUGCAGUCAGAGCGCACGGACAAGGAUGAUGAUGGUUUCGAAGGUUCCCAGCAGUCCCCACCUGUGGCGGCCCAGGACCUGCCAUCUGUCUUUAAAGCAGGAUAUCUUGAGAAGCGCAGAAAGGAUCACAGCUUUUUUGGUACUGAGUGGCAGAAGAGAUGGUGUGCUCUGAGCCAUCACACCUUCUACUAUUACGGCAGUGAGAAAGACAAGCAGCAGAAGGGUGAGUUCAGUAUCGAUGGGUACGGUGUCAAAAUGAACAACACCUUACGCAAGGACUCGAAGAAAGACUGCUGCUUUGAAAUUUUGGCCCCAGACAAGCGCGUCUAUCAGUUUUGUGCGUCAUCACCGAAGGAGGCGGAAGAGUGGGUGAAACAGAUAGACUUUGUUUUGAAAGAUAUGUCGGGCAUCAUCCCAGAAGACGACGAGGAACAGGAAAUGUACGAUGACGUAGGGACUAUAGCUCAGCCAAUCGAUGAAGACAUCUACGAAGAGCUUCCAGAAGAAGAAGUUCCGGCUGUAGCAAAGCCUCGUCCUCCAAAAAUUGAGCCGGCAAGCAAACCUGUUCCUCCUCCUGCUGCAGUUGAUAAGAGCACAGACUAUCAGAACUACUACCAAGGCUUGUGGGACUGUUCAGGGGACCACCCAGACGAGCUGUCCUUCAAACGUGGAGAUGCCAUCUACAUCCUGAGUAAGGUAUGGUGAGGCUAAACCCUAGAUGUCAGAGAUAAACUGUGGCGAUUCUUGUCUUUACGCACGAUCAAGUUGGUAUUACCUUAAAUCCAACCACACUGCAAAAGUUUGAGAGGUUUGUAGACCGAGUGGCUGGUUUCAGACCACCUAAAGUGAGUUAUUUCUAAGCUCUUAGAGGAACUG